AUGACUUCAAAACUUUUGACAAGAAAAGAGCUCGAAGAUCUCAUCCAACAAAAUCAUGAAUCUCUUAAAUUUAUUCAAAAACAAAAAACUCUAAAUUCUAGUCAAUUAUGGGAAUAUUUUCAUCAAAUAUUCGUCAAUAAUAUACAACAACAAUUCGUAACAUGUAAUGGAUGUAAAAGUCUUCUUGUUUAUACAUCAGCGAAUGGUACGAACAAUAUGAAAACUCAUUUGAAGUCUUGUUCAACAACAAAAGUUAGUAAUCUUAAUCAAAAAAAAGUUCAUGAACUCUUUUCACCCAAGAAAACAUUAAAAGUUCGAAGAAAAAUUAGAUUAUCCGUUAUUCAAGCAUGUACUGAAUUUUCAGCACUUGAUGGACGACCAUUUGAAGUAAUUAAUGGGAAUGGCUUUAAAACUUUAGCACAAGCAUUACUUGAUGCUGGUCGUUCAUUAAAUAAUUCAUCUGUUCAAGUUUAUAAUCAUCAUCAACAAAUCGUAAAGCAAUACCACAAUAAUUGA